AUGGCUGCAACACCACGGAAGCUGGUGCACUGGGCUCUUGAUGUCUCUAUCUCCGACUUUGGAUCACCAUGCUCGGAAGCAACAUCCUCCGAUUCCGUCGCAUCAACUUCCAGUCUGCAGUACAUUAACUCUCAACUUGUAGCACAUGGAUUCACCCAUUCACCUGGGCUCUCCUUUGAAGGACUCUCAAAUUCUGACACCGAUCAGCUGGCAAAGUGUUUGCUUGCUAUGCUAAGCCAAAGAGCGAAUGACAUGUCUCGCACUGAAGAUUUGUCGACAAAUUUACGAACUCUCUCUUACGACCACGAGCGGCUCAUGGGGAUGCAUCGCUCAGCCACUGAGAAGGCAGCUAAUGCAGAGCGCGAAAUGAACGUUUACAAGUCACGGCUUGUGACGGCUUCCAAAACCUUGGCAGCUUCGGAAUCAGCCCAUAAGCAGACUUCGGCUGAACUUCAGCGAACGCGCUCCACGUUGAUCGCUCUUCGGGCAACUCAUUCAACAGAAAUCAAAAAGAAAGAGAAAGACGUGGAGCGCAUCAUUGAGAAAUGGUCAAAACUAUCCGACAUGCAGACGAAGCUAUCGAUUUCAUCCUCAGGAUUGACUUUUCGAUGUGGCAACGCGGACGUGGUGAGCGGGUCUGAAACCCUCGGAAAGGGGAAGGGAUACCUAGAGAUUGCUCUUGACCAAGCUGAAUCUGCUCGCGCUUCACUAGCUGAUGAAGCGUUGGCGUUACAGCGGCUUGUCGUGAGUGUCGCGAACCGACUGCAGUCUGUGCUACAUGAACUGCGAUGCUUGAUUUCACCCUGUGAUGAAGAGCCCGCAAUAAUAACGCACAGCGUAUUGUUCCCAUUAACGCCUCCCAACGCUGCGGGUGACAAGUUUUCUACGCUCUUCUCCUCGGCACACAGCGUCCUCGAUGAUAUCUCAAAGCACCUGUCACAGCGCUCACAAGUUGCGGCACCACCAGCACCGGACUACGCCAAGGCCUCGGACGCUCUGGAAAAUCAGCGAUUACAAGGCAUCAUCAACGAUUUGCGCUCAGAACUUGAUGAAGCCAAGAAACUUCAUGAGAGGCAUAUUGCAGAGACUCAGGCUCUCCUAACGCAGAUUGCAUCACAAGUAUCAUCUACGGAACGAGAUCCAAGGGAUGCAAGUGUUGAGCUCAUGACACAACCAGAACGAGAUCUUGCUGCUGAACGCCUUGAACGCAUGAAAAUUGAACUUGAUGAGGAGCGGAGAAAGUUCACAAACGCUGCUGUGAAACUUGGCAAGGAGAAAGCCACUCUGGAGGCGGAGCGUAUCCAGUUCCUUGAGGAGAGGCGCUCCUGGCAAGUCGAGCAGAUGCUCUCCGAUCUCCCACCGACCCCCAACCCCACUUCCCAACCUACACCUCGGUCGCCUCAGGGUCAUAAAAACAAGUCGCCCCGAAAGUCACCCAUGAAGCCCAAGGUCGUCGGCAAGGUGACCAGUAGAAAGACUCGAGUGUCUCGGCGCUUCUCGUCGUUCUCGAUUCUACCACCAAACAAAGUGGAACCUGCUUACGAGACGGAAGUAAUUCCCAUCGCUAUCUCGCCAGCUGCCUUUGAGGCGUUGGGUACGAAGUCGACUUUGGCGCGGUCUGUUCUGCCCUCCGCGUUUGUGCUCCCUCCGCGUUCACCCCGGACGUCCUUGCCCCCUGUAGAGGCAUUCCUUCCUCCUGUGGCCACCGUGCAUCAAGCAUCGCCAGGAAGAAAAUUAUACACGUCCACUGACACCAAGUCAGUGUCCGCUUCGAGUUCCGAUGCAUCUUCAUCAGAUUCCUCGUCUCCUUCUGCUCCAACAAGGGCAGCAAUACCGACAAUUGUCCUCCCAUCACCUAAAACACCUCCCGCUGUCAUAAACACACGCCGCCCGUUCCCCCUUGCAAAACCUCUUGCACCACAUAUGUCACAUGCUUACUCGCCUGCAAAACCGAGUCCACUCUCCCGCAUUCUCAUGCUCGCGAAUUCACCUGACAGCCCCGACGGGGUGUCGGAAGAGAGCGAAGACUCUCCGACGCCUGCUGUGCACCCACCCGUCGCUGCCAUGAAGCCAUUUACAAGUGAAUCAGAGUCAAAUGACAGCCCUCUGAGGGAGAAGAAAACCGAGCUAAAUGUUGUUCCUCUACCUCCCCUCAAGAAAAUGCCACCCCCUGAAUCAAAACGCUUAUCGACGAAGGAUAAGGGAAAGACUAAAGCGGAGCUCGUCGUACCUGGAAAACUGAAGCCAGAGAAAGAAAACCGCGACAAGAUCCCUCGAAAACCCUCUCCUUUACCUCCUGCUCCUCAACAAAAGCUGAAAAUCAGUAGCUUAGCUGCUAGCAAGCCUGUACCAAAGCUGCCUACCGGAAAGGGUGGUGCGAGGAGGGUAUUGAUUGGAAGUGCCGAAGCUGCUCCUGUGCCUGGAUGGAGAGGUUGA